GUUCAUCACUCGGGCUAUGCGGUGCUGACCCAGGUGUUGUGUUGUGAAGGUUAUACGGACGGACUGUCCGCUCUUGCAGGGAAUCCAGCAGUACCUGCUGCCCAUGCCACUCUGACUCCUGACUCCUGGCUCCCCCCGCUCUCCUCUCCUCUGCUGACUUCGACUGGAGGUUUCAUGACAGACCAGCAUGCAGUGCCUCGCUCUGCUCCUGCUGCUCGCCCUCUCCUCUCAGACGCUGCUCGCCUCCUCUUAUUCAUCUUUUUACAGCGAGGUACCAGACAUCUUUGGUGAUGAGUCUGCAGGGUAUGGGCCUGUGUUUGAGGAGCAGCCCUCUGACACCAUCUACCCUGAGGAGUCACCCGAGGCCAAGAUCACCCUGAGCUGCAGAGCGCGGGCCAACCCCCCUGCUGUAUACAGGUGGAGGUUUGAGAAGGAGGAGAUUGACUUCAAGCAGGCGGCCAGUAGCCAGUACCGUCUGGACGGGGGCAACCUGGUCAUCAGUAACCCAGACAAGAGCCGGCACGUGGGCAACUACACCUGCGAGGCCUCCAACGACUACGGCACCAUAGUCAGCAGGGGAGCCUCAGUCCAGUUCGGAUUCCUGGACCUGUUUGCCACGGAGGAGCGAGAGGCUGUGUUUGUGAAGGAGGGACAGGGGGCAGUGCUGCUCUGUGCCCCGCCUCCGCACUAUCCAGAUGAUCUCUCCUACCGCUGGAUGCUCAAUGAGUUCCCCAUCUUCAUCCCGCCCAGCCCCCGGCAGUUCGUCUCCCAGACGACGGGCAACCUGUACAUCUCCAAGGUGUCGGCGGCAGACAGCGGAAACUACUCCUGCUUUGUCUCCAGCCCCUCCAUCGCCAAGAGCGUCUUCAGCAAGUUCAUCCCCCUGGUGCCACUCUCCGACCGAGGCCACUCCAGGAAGUACCCUGCCGACAUCAAUGUCAGGUUCCCUGAGACAAACGCCUUGGUCGGCCAGAACAUCACACUGGAGUGUUUUGCUCUUGGAAACCCCAUCCCCAAGAUCCAGUGGAGGCGCGUGGAGGGGAAGCUGCCGGAGGGUCAUGUGAUCAGCAUGGCGGGCAGCCAGCUGCAGCUGAUGAACGUGCAGUUCGAGGAUGCCGGGACCUACAUCUGUGACGCCAUCAACUCCAAGAGGAACGACUCACACAGGGCAAAGAUCAACGUGGAGGCGGCGCCUGAGUGGAUGGAGCAGAUAGUGAGUGUGGAGCGGGACAUCGGCAGCGCCUACACCAUGACCUGCGAGGCCAGCGGGAAGCCCAGGCCACACGUCCACUGGCUGAAGAACGGACAUCCGUUUGGCAAGCACAACCCCACAUUCACCAAGCUGACCUUCGACGACUCCGGGAUGUACCAGUGCGUCGCCGAGAACCGCCACGGCGUCAUCUAUGCCAACGCGGAGCUGCGAGUGUUUGCGAGCAGCCCUGCGUUCGAGCACAGCCCGGUGAAGAGGAGGAUCCUGGGGGCCCGUAACGGGCGCGUGCUGAUCGAGUGCAGGCCCCGCGCGGCCCCCAAGCCCAGCUUCUCCUGGAGCAAGGGGACGGAGCUGCUCUCCAAUUCUUCCAGGAUGUUCAUUUGGGAAGAUGGCACCCUGGAGAUUAAUGACAUUACCAAAGCAGAUGAGGGGAGCUACACUUGCUUUGCGGAGAACGACAGAGGGAAAGGAAACAGCACGGGCACCCUCCUCGUCACAGAUGCCACCAAGAUCACGCUGGCCCCGUCCAACGCAGACGUGACGGUGGGGGAGGGCGUUCGGAUGCAGUGUGCCGCCUCGCAUGACACCACGCUUGACAUCACCUUCAUCUGGUCUCUGGAUGGCCGGGCCAUUGACUUUGAUAGGGAGCGCGAGCAUUACCAACGAGUGGAGGGAGACUCCAGUGGAGAGAUGCAGAUCAAGAACACCCAGCUGAAGCACGCCGGCCGCUACACCUGCACUGCCCAGACGCCAGUGGACAACGUCACCGCCUCCGCAGACCUGGUCGUCAGAGGUCCCCCUGGUCCCCCUGGGGGAGUGCGUCUGGAGGAGGUGAAAGAAAAGUCAGUGAGGCUGAUCUGGAGCCAGGGCAAAGACAACCACAGUCCCAUCUCCAAGUACACCAUCCAGUAUCGAGACCUGCGCUCAAAUGGGCCGUGGAGAGUGGCUGUCACAUCUCCCCCGACCGUGGAAGGUAACACAGAGACUGCCACCGUGGUGGAGCUGAUCCCCUACACAGAGUAUGAGUUCCGGGUCAUCGCCACCAACACCCUUGGCUCCGGAGAUCCCAGCGACCCCUCGAGAAAGGUCACAACCUUGGAGUCAAUGCCUUUUGUGGCUCCUUCGGGUGUUGGUGGAGGUGGAGGAACCAGCAGGGAGCUGACCAUCACAUGGACGCCCAUGCAGCCAGAGUACUUCUACGGCAAGGAUUCGGGCUACAUCAUAGCCUUCAGGCCCCUGGACGACGUGGAGUGGAGGAAAGUGAUGGUGGCAGACCCCCAGGCCAGGCGCUAUGUGCACAAGGACCCCGCCAUCCCCCCCUUCACUAAGUUUGAGGUCAAAGUGAAGGCCUUCAACCGCAAAGGAGAGGGCCCCUUCAGCCCCACUGCCAUUGUAUACUCAGCACAGGACGUUCCAACAGAGGCUCCUAAUGACGUGAAAGGCAGAGCCUUGUCCGCCACAGAAGCAGCAGUGCAUUGGGCCCCCAUGGUGAAUCUGGCCAUUGAGGGAUACCAGCUGAAGUACUGGAGGAAAACGACAGAGCACGAGUCCACCCACCCGCCGAUAAUGGUCUCCAGCAUUGACAACCACACUCGGGUGGAGAAGCUGAAGCCCAACUCACAGUACAUCAUGGAGCUGCGAGCGUUCAACUCGGCCGGCUUGGGACCUCCGCAACGCGUGGAGGUUUCAACCAAGAAGCCACCACCAAGUCGACCCCCUAAGAUAAUCAGUAAAAAGGCGAACCCCGGCGGGGCCACGGUGAACAUCGUGUGGGAGCCGGUGCAGUCUCUGGCCAACGAGUCCAAGGUGGAGUGCUAUAAGAUUCUCCAUCGACAAGAUGCCCAUGGCCAAGGGAUUUUAUACUCAACGCCAAAGCAGCAUAUAGACUUGCCACUGCCCAAGGACGGGCCUGGUCUAGUGGAGGUCCGUGCACACAGUGAAGGUGGGGACGGUCCAGUGGCACAGGAGAGAAUCGAAGCGUCGAUUGGAGCCGGAACGGCCACUCGGUCUCUGAGCAUGGCUGCACUGCUUUCAGUGGCUCUGCUGUGCAUUGGACUUUGAAUGUAGCGCGUGUUCUUACCUGUCUUCACCGCCCUGGCUUUGGGCUCUGGUGAAGUGGACAUUGUUAAGAGGAUGCUGCCCGUGAGGACUCUCCACAGACCUGUUUGGUUUCGACCUCACGACCAAAAUGCCAUAUGUCCCACCCUGGAAUACACACGUGGAAUUACAACAAAAGACUUAACUGUGGGGAGGGCUGAUGACCCAGAUCCAGAAACAAAACAAACACAUGGACAUCCAGGAUAUCCCAUAGUUAGCAUCUUAUAUCUUUGGAUGAGCAGUGAAGGAGAUCUGUCAAACUUGUUGAAUAUGCCUUAUAUCGUUCUCUCCAUUUAUCUUUCACGGAUGAACUACUUGCUUUUGUGGAAGUGGGUGGGUCAUGAUUUUGUAGUUUCUUUUUUUAUAUUUGUUGAGGCACGGUGCAUCGCUUUCCCAUAUGCAUGGGGGGGUCAUUAAACCUAAAACAAGUUAAAUACAUUGUUGUUCGGGCAUGAUUACGAGAUUUGUGUUGCUGGAUGGGCUGCCGGUCUUCAACUAAGAACACUCCAUACCUGAUGCAAGUAAUUCACGGUGAAAGAUAGGUGCGGGGAUGUCGGAAAUUGUCUUACAUGUAGUUUGCAAUUAAGUGGCUUUUCCAUUUGUUAUUGUUUGAAUUAUAAAGCAUUUGCAGAUCAAAUCGAAUUACCCAACAUUUCAGGCAUAUACAUACAUGUACAAUAUUAAACAUAACCUUCUGUAUAGAAGCUCCUAUGAUGCUAAUAAUAUUAUAAUUAUAUAUAUAUAUAUAUAUGCAAUAAUUUACAAGCUAUUGAUUUCUCCAUGAUGGAAUAUCCACCCCACUCAUCCUUUUUAUUUAAAAAAAAAAUUGUGAUUCCAUUGCCCUAACCUGGACUUAAGCAGCUGGGUUCAGUACAAGUAAUAUCUUUCUGUGCAUGUAGUCAUGUUACCGGAAUGGGGAAUACAAACGCUAAGCUAUUAUUGAUGUCCAUUUGACUGCAGAAAUACGGCUGAGAGUGCUGUAUAUGUUCAAAGUGAAGCACAUUUAUCUGUGUUUGUCAAAGUAAGUUCAAUAUACAGUGUAUGUCUGUGGCGCUGAAGAGCUAGGACGCUUAUAAUGACUACCCCGUGCAACUUAUGAUUUCAAACACAAGCGCAACAUCAGGGCAGCCAUGACAAAAAACAAUAUGACUACAUUGAGAUUCUGUAGAGCCAUCUCUUCAAAUAUCACGGUUAUUAUACUGUUUGGUUACAUUGAGAUUGGUCAGUGCCAUCUCCCAGAAUAAUUGUGAUAAGGUUACAUUGAGAUUGUGUUGUGCCAUUGUGUCAGAACCAUGGCAAGUUAGAGAUCACGUUGUGUGCUGUGAUGUGAAGACCCGUAUUGCGUUGCCAUUGCUUUACUGCAUUGUUCCACCGACUCUGUACGAGGUUCGUUUACCCACAUAAUCACAGAUCUGUCCUGAGGUGUAUAGCUUCUCAAAAGGCAACACAGGGCCCAUAGGCCACUAUAGGGCUUCCAAGGGCUGACAAAAUAUAUAUAUCCACAGCAGUUACAGUUGUAUAAAAGCUGUGGAUUAUGUUAUCCUGGGACCCAAAAGAACCCACUGUACCGUACAAUCUGGGGCAGUCACAAGUAGGGACACAUUUUAUUUCCCCAAAGGAGGUAUCUAAGGAGGUACAGGGCCUUUUGUGUCAUACCAGCCUGCCAAGGUUACAGUAUGCCUGUGCUGUCAAAACUGUUGCUGUAUUGCUCUCUGUGCACCCAAGAGAUCUGUGGGAGGAAUCAGUCGCAUACAGGGACACAAUAUUCCCAAAGGGCAGGUACUAAGCACAAAUUGGUCUUUUGGGGGCUUGUGCCAUCAUGCCAAGAUCAUGACUGUGCUGCCAUUUCUUUGUUAAUGUCAUUCCUAUCGUCCAUGUGGCCCAAUUACAGUGAUCAGACACAAAUAUAGGCAGAGCUUUUCCAAAGGACAGCUACGAAGCACAAUCAGGCCUUUACCAUGCAUGAGUCAACAGAACCUCGGCCUCGCAUCCUCCGUAAAGAAUGUUAACAUUUAGAUUUAACGCUUUCAUUUCGUUUGUAGAGUAGAGUAACUUUAAGUUUUACUUUAAGUUAUACUUCAAGUUGAACUUUUAGUUGUGUUGUAAUGGCUUGUCCCAAGUGUCGCUACCAUGCACAGCACAGUGCUGAGGGCUUUAGAAAGUCAUAUGUGCUGUAUGUUCAACAGGAAAAACAACAGUAAUCAUAGUAGGCUUGAUCUUAAAAAAAUCGUUAUGAUUUGUUACUGUAGCUGAAGGACACAAACUAAAAUACUGAUUUCCCUGACAUCAAAAGUACAGCCAAAAUAUUCACAUUUUAAAAACAGCCAACAGCCUGUUUACAAUUUGAUACAACAUUUUGAAUUUUAUCGUUUUGAUCCUAUUCUUAGUACUUGCAGUAAAGCACUUUUUAACAUACAAUGACUGAUCCUCUAUACUAGUAGCAACCUGAUACAAAGCUGAUUAUUUGUGAAGAUAACAACUUGCCUAGCUCUGUAACCUGUCCCCUCUGUCUUUAUCAUUGAUCCUAUUUUGUAUCAGUUAACGAAAUAAUGGAAAGACAACAAGCAUUCCACCCUUUACUACUGUAUGUGAACCCGCCUCAUAAGAACCUUAUGUUUGUACUGGUUUUUGUUUGUUUGUUUGUUUUUUAAAAAGCUGGUUGUGUUUUUUCCUUGUCUUUAUAACAUAUUCAGUGCAAGUGUUAAAAGAUAUAUCAAUGUCAAAUAAUGUACUUCUAUUGUUGGUAAAUGACAUUAUGACCUGCGGUUUAUGUGACGAUGAUAGAGGUAUAUUUUGUUUCCAUAUGCUGCAUUUUCAUAGGUACCGCCAGGGCACUAAAGAGAGAUCCUUUGUGUGAAAUGAUUUUUUUGUAUGUCGACUCUUAAAAAAGCAGGUUUACAGCACUGUGAGUGAGGAAGAGUCGCCGCAUGGCCAUAAAGUGAUCCCUGUAUGUCACUAUACAGUAGAAAUACAGGAGUCAUUAGAAACACAAGUCAGAUUUGAGAUUUGAUGUAACGUCGAGGGAUUCCACGUACUAGCUAGAGUGAGGGCCUCUUCAAGUGUGACUGGACCUAUAGCUGUCGCUUAUCCCAUUUUAUGAGUAUAUCGAGAACCACCACAAAGUGCUUUUCCUGUCUCCUUCAUGCAGCGAAUCAUCAGUGAAAGAAUUGCCAAAUGCAUGAAUGCCUUUAACUUUUUGCAAUCUGUGAUAUUCUGAAGAAAAAAAUAAAACAUGUACGUUUGUCCUCUGCUGCAUGACUCUGGGAGAAGUGGUAGGCCUACAUCUCCGUUUCGUGAGGAGCUCUAUAUACUCUAACAACGUGAUGGACAUACACAAUAUGUAUAACUCCACUUAAUUCCAAACUUUUUUGUUUUUGUUUUGAUUUUUUUGUUUAUUUUGUGGAGACAAGAUUAUUCAUCCAAGAUGGCAGCCUGUCAAAAAAAAUGUAAUCUGAAAGUCAUCUGCUUUUUGUCACAGCUAGUUCCAAUGAUUAGCGAUUGAUAGAGAUGAAAAAAAAUCAAACAUGACUGACCAACUGUACAUUUCACUCAUGCGUGUACUGUACUUUGCCGGACCACUGGGCCCAGGAAGUAAGCAUUCCGUACCUCAUGUUACACUUAUACAGUAGGGGUUCAACUUCCUCACUGCUGUCCGACAAGAGUUAAGGGUGUCAAUACACAGAAAGUGUUGCAGUGUUAAUUAAACAAUCGGAGUGUUACAUGGACACUCAUAGUGUGAUGAGUUGACACUGCUGACAUUUUGCUGUGUGUAUAUUCACUAAUGGUAUGUUGUAAUGUGUGAUACCCAGACAGUUCUGAGGAGGGUCUAACAGAAGGAUCUUUACCUGCCAAUGUUCAUAUGUUACCCCAUCCUUACAACCAACUGUCUUCACUCCAUGAAACACUAGGUGUAGUGUUUUUUCUUUACCACUGGGUGAGUUGAUGUGUGUGAAGCUUCCAUACUUCAAUGUUCACAGCACAAAAACUUUUGGGCGUUAAAACUCAGCUCUCUCUCUC